AUGACCCCAGUCGACCCGACAAUGACCACCUACGCUGCCAACCACAACUCCUCACCAAGCGCCGGUCACUCGCCCAAGAUGACCGGCGAGGGGCUGCCCAAAGCAGAGCAGUCUUCCAAUGAGCCUCGCCUCAUCGUCGUCUCGAACCGAUUGCCCGUCACAAUCUCCAAGGAUGAUCAGGGCAACUACUCUUUCAAGAUGUCGUCUGGCGGACUGGUGUCGGCAUUGUCGGGGUGUAAGAAGACCAUGUCGUUCACCUGGAUCGGUUGGACUGGCAAGGACAUCCCCGUUCAAGACCGCGAGUAUGUCAACAGGAGGCUCCUGGAGGAGUAUCAAUGCUAUCCAGUCUAUCUGUCCGAUGAGCUCGCCGACAGGCAUUACAAUGGCUUCUCCAACUCGAUUCUGUGGCCACUCUUCCAUUACCACCCAGGAGAGAUGAACUUCGACCCCUCCUACUGGCUGGCGUACCGCGAGGCCAACAUCCGCUUCGCCGACGUUGUCGCCGGCUUUGUUCGGUCGGGCGAUGUCGUCUGGGUCCAGGACUAUCAUCUGAUGCUCCUCCCCAUGCUUCUUCGCUCCAUGAUUUCAGGAGAGUCCUCUCAAGGAGAGCUGACUCGCCGCGAAAUGGGGCGUGUCAAGGAGGGGGUUGAUGACGCCAUCGUCAGCGACGCUGGGAUGCAGAAGGGCGUUGUCCACAGCUUGGACGAGGGGGUGGUUCUAGAGGAGGUGGACGAGGAUGGCGGGGAAGUGACUGCAGGUGGAGGCAGCCGUCAGCCAGGCGUCUUGCCUGGCAUGAGUGCCUUUGAAAAGCAAGAGCUCACUGCGAGACAAAGAGGCAAGGGCGGUAUCCGCAUCGGCUUCUUCUUGCACACGCCGUUCCCCUCGUCCGAAAUCUACAGAAUUCUUCCUGUCCGUCGUGAGAUUUUGUUUGGCGUCUUGCAGUGCGACCUCAUCGGAUUCCACACAUACGACUACGCUCGUCACUUCUUAUCGUCUUGCACGCGUAUCCUCGGCAUUGAGACGCAGCCCAACGGCAUCGAGUUCGAAGGUCGCUACGUUCAGGUCGGCACAUUCCCCAUUGGAAUCGACCCUUGGCAGUUUGUGGAAGGACGCAAGAAUCCUGCUGUGCAGGCUGGUCUUGCCAAGUUGGAGCAGCGCUUCCAGGACUGCAAGGUCAUUAUUGGUGUGGACCGCCUCGAUUACAUCAAGGGCAUCCCGCAGAAGCUCCAUGCCCUUGAGGUCUUCCUCACCCAACACCCGGAGUGGAUUGGCAAGGUCGUUCUGAUUCAGCUUGCCAUCCCAUCACGACAGGACGUGGAAGAGUACAUGAACCUCAGGUCAUGUGUCAACGAGCUGGUCGGUCGCAUCAAUGGCCAGUUCAGCACCCCCACCUGGUCUCCAAUCAUCUUUAUGCACCGCUCAGUGCCAUUCGAGGAGCUUACUGCCAUGUACGCACUGGCCGAUGUAUGCCUUGUGACAUCGACCAGAGACGGCAUGAACCUCGUUGCCUACGAGUACAUCUCAACUCAGAGCGACCGCCAUGGCUCCAUGAUUCUUUCAGAGUUUGCUGGCGCAUCGCAGAGUCUGGCUGGAUCUAUAAUCAUCAACCCUUGGGAUGUCGACCAGACUGCGAAAGCGAUCAACACCGCUUUGACUCUCAGUGCGGAGACGAGGGCACAGAACUGGACCAAGUUGUUUGCAUCAUGGGGCUUGUCAUUCCUCAAUGAACUCAACAGGUCUACAGGUCAGGCGCCAUCAGGCCCUGUUCUGGCUGGACGUCGCAAGUCGGGGGCAAGCCUGAGCCGUACGAGCUCAAAGGCCAGCAUCAAGAGACGCUAUACACUCAACUCGUCCACACCAGCAAAGACGGAAACUUGA